GUGUAAAUACAAACACACCAGGAGAGUGAUGUGUGUCAACUACUUAGCCGGCUUCUGCCCGGAAGGACCCAAGUGCAAAUUCAUGCACCCCAAGGCCGACGUGACGCUGUGUAACUCGGAUCUCUCCCAGGGCAGGCCUGGAAAGGCGCCCAUGUGGGCGUCUCCUGAGGGGCUGACCCCACCAGCCGCUGUUGGCAAGCGAGGUCAGGAGCCGCAAGCCUUGGAGGUCCCCUCGCUUUCUCACCAGCCCGGGGUGAAGGCUGCCCCAUGCCAGAUGAAGAAGGCCCAAGAGACUGGGGGUUACCCCUACACCGUGCUCCGGCCCCUUGGGCAAGUCACGUGUUUCAAGUGUGGAGAAAAGGGCCACUAUGCCAACAAAUGCCGCAAGAGUCGGCUGGGAAUCCAGCCGGGGAAAUGAUUGGCGAGCACGCCAGGAAGAGGAGCCAAAGGAAGAGGCUAUGUUGGGAUACACUGGCGGCCAGUCAGGACAGUGGGUGUCUUUCUAAAGCCCAGUCGGAGUCAUCCUGCUCCAGGCAGGUUUUUUUACCACUCUUUGCUUGGGGAAAGGGGAGGGAGAAAUGCAGUUGCUUUGGAACUGUAACUGGAUGUUUAUUUUCUGACCCCACCCUGUUGUGUUGGCAGGGGGCUCAGGCCCGGCUGGUGUGUCAGACACUGAUAAUCAUGCCAGCACUAAACCGUGGUUUUGAAAGGCACGGUCGAACAGUCCGCUUGGAUUCUGGCUACUAUUCAGGGGCCUGCUGUGUGCUGGGGUCAGGAAGUAUUUCAGUAGGCGCGAAGUUGAAAAGGGCAGCCUCUGGCUUCUAGACUACAAUUCACAGCCCUUAGCAGGAUCCUGUGAAUCUACGGCUGAAUCCAAGUUCUUUCCUCUCCCAAUACUCAAGGUGCUCUCUCUCAAAACAUCUCCUGCAAUUGCUGAGAGAUGGAGAAAGAAGCUGACCUUUCCGUAGCCUGGAGUGGUUAGAUGACAGGACGGGGACCAGAACUGGGUUUCAUCACUAACCGCCACCUUGAUGCGUGAACUUGGGCAAGUCACUUAAUAGCUGUGUGCCUCUACUUCUCCUACUGUACAAUGGGGUUAACACGCCCUCAAGAGGGGUGCUAAGGCUCCAGUGGAAGGCGGGACGAUAUUGCCUUGUAACAGCGCGCCUCGUACAAAAUCGGAGUUAAGAAAACACCAGAUUUAUUGCAAGGGAGAGAGAAGUCUUGGUAUAAUGUGGUUUUACUCUUGUUCGGCAGCCGGAGUGUUGUUUUUUAAUGCUACUGUAAUGUAUUUGUAAUAAAGCUUUUGGCCAACAGUUCUGGGUCCCCUUUUGAUUGCAUUACGCUGUCCUGGAGAGAGGAAAUAGAAUCCUAGCUGGCUAGAGGCAGGGUUAGAAUCAACACUAUUUUAAUCACUGACUCUUGUUUGUUCUGCUAGAAGGGUCAUGUUCUACCCAGAGGACCGUCUGAAUAGUACGGCUUGUCCUGUGCCGAUAAUAGGAUGCUGCUGAGUUAAUGU